UUCCCCCGCUGACCUGUUUCUUUGCUUCUUUGCAGUCUCGGGAGACCCCUGCUUGGACAGGAAGCUCCCAGCUCUCAGCACAGAGCCCGGAGAGGGACUCCAGCUAGAGUGAUCAGCCGGAGAGGCUGCCUAGAUAAGCCCCACACUGCUACCAGCUUGGCGUAAGGUCCACCCCAACCGCGGGCAUCGAUGGAGGCUCUUGGCCACCGGCCCUGGACGCACAUCUGCUGUGCGCUGCCAGGGCCUCUGGGCCAGGACCGUGGGCAUCUCGCCCAGGUGCCCUCGUGGGCCCAGGACCCAGAGUGAAGCGCUGCCCUCUGGUUGCACGCCUUUCUUCCAUGUCGCCUGACGUUUCCCAGCGGCCAGGCAGACACCGAAAGGCUGCAGCCCCCGCGGUCUCCACCUAAACGAUCCCUCCCGGGGUCGUGGCCUGGUGAAAAGGGGGUGCCCUACAGCUGGCAUGAGCGGCCGCGCGCCUCUGGCCCAGCUCGCUUUGUCCGAAGGCCACGCGCGACUCCGCUACAGGGACACGUCCCUGCUAGUAUGGCAACAGCAGCAGCGACAGCUGGAGUCGGGGCCACCCGGGACCUACCUGAGCCGCAGCCGCAGCAUGUGGUACUCACAGUUCGGCAACGAUGCUGUCUUGGUUCGCGACCGUGAACGGAGCAGAGUGCGCGACACCGGCCGGUCCAAGUUCUGCACCGUGAUGUGACUCCUGGG